AUGUCCUCCUGUGAAGUUAAUGACGUGAGGCAGGACAAGUGAGUGCAGACGCUCGUUUUGACGCACAUUUUUUAAUUUUUUUUUCGCCAAAAAAUAUUUCUCCCCUCAUCUCCUCACCUGCCUGUUUGCCCGAACAGAUGGCACAAACUGCCCGAUCUGCCGGAGGCGAGGGUCCGCGCAGCCGCUGCCUGUCUGCCCGGCGACAGUCAGGUCUUCGUUUUUGGCGGUUGGAAUCCACGCGACACCCGGCUUGCCGCCUGUCUGCAGUCGGGCGACAGUCGGGUUUGGAAUAACUCCUCCGUGGUCUUCUGCGGUUUGGAUAAACAUCGCACCGCGCUUGCCUCUGUGCUCAUCUGCCAUCUGCAUGCACACUGGCGUCGGCGGCGGCAGGAGGCGACCUCAGCGAACUUUUGGCAGUCGGCUGCGCCCAUGAGAACUGCGUGA